UACAUGUGUGUGUAUGUAUCGAAUCUUGUAUAGUCUUGCAGCCCUACCGCAGUCUCAAAUAUUGACACGACCUGCGAUGAACUCGUGUAACGUCUUUUGACAUUCAAAUUCGACAUUCGCGCCGGAAGUUGUAUCGCAUCGGAAGAUCGUUGAUUCGUUGGUGUAUGAUGUUCAUUUGAAGAAAACAGCUGAAUAGGUAAAAUUGUCGCGUGUUAAAUAAAUAUUGAUUGAUGUAGAUUAUUUUUCUUUUAUUUUUCUGCGUACUUGAUUAUAUUGUCAUUACCGAUCGUACAAAUUUCUUUUCGCACAAAUCGUGUCGCGCGCCAAUAAUGAUUGGGAGAACAUCAUUAGUGGAACAAAAGAGGAUCCAAUGGGCGAAAGAGAGAGAAGAAAUGGCACGUCUUGGCGGAAGUUGGGGUCUUCUGAAAAAUAAUGUUAAUAUCCGCACCAACAUCCGCACUUAUCCGAAUGGCACAAGAAUGUCCUUAAUGGAAACGAAAGACAAGCAAUCGGCCUCGAAACCUUUUCGUGCUAAUAGACAUUACGGAAGUACCGUCAGCCUGAAGAGCUUGGGAACUGAAAGUUCCGGAAACAGCGGCACAAAUGUAAAAUAUCUGGAUUGCAAUAGUGGUAGCUUGAUAAAUCUACACGAGCAAACGGAAGUAUCGCAAAUCAGACAUAGAAGUCCCAGCUUACCACCAAUUUAUAACAAGGACCAACAGCAAUAUCUUUGUCAGGAUCAACAACGAGAUUUCGCUAUAGAAGGAUUGCAUUACAAUUCCAAAAAACCUCAACGACUAUACGAUCGUUGUGAAAAUUCAAAAAAUAAUCAUUAUGGUCUGCAAGCUGAAGAACGCGAAGGAGAAACUUCCGGUUAUGCCAGUGAUUCUGUAGAGGCACCUGCAUCAGUGAAAACAACAUUUUUACCUGGUUGCAAGUCAUCAGGAACGGAAAUAGCCGAAAAAAUGUGGCAAAAUCCUUAUCAAACAACACCUGAGAGUUCAUUACCACCAUCGAGGAGAUUAUCUGAUGGUAAAAUAGGAGAACUGAACAGGCCAAGGUGGGGUAGUGUCUGGGGUCAAGAGACUUCACAAGGAGACCCACCACCACCUUCUUGGUUGUCAAGAUUAGGACAUUCGAGUCAAGUUUUAGUUAUUAAUCACGAGAGUGCAAGCAGUUCAGAUUGUUCGACAGUUGGUUCAAUUGGAUCUGAUAAUAAAACUUAUCUUCGUGGUCAAAAUAUUCCUGUUGAUACUAAUAUUCUUCAAGAAAGAGAAGCAAAAAGACAGAAAGCUCUAGAACUUCAGAAUGCGAUUAAAAAACAACUUGAAGAGAAAGAUCGACAGAAAAAAGAAGAAAAAGAGCAAAGAUUGAGAGAAGAACGAUUAGAAGAAGAACGAAUCAAACGAGAAAGAGAAAAAGAGAAAGAAAGAUUCGAAGAAGAACAAAGAAGACUAAAAGAACGAGAAGCGGCUAAAUUAAGACAAGCUGAAGCAAUGCGUGAAGUUUUAGAAGCAGCAGAACGUUUGGCAAAAGAACAAAAGAAAUUUCGACGUAAAAGCGAAAAAAGUAAUGAAGAAAAUUCCAUUAUAUCCUCUAGAAGUUCUGAAUCUAAUAUUUUAAAUGAAAAUCAGUUUAAUAAAAAUUGUCUAAAUGUGAAUAGUCAACAAAAUCUAACUAUUAAUAAUGAUGAUGUUAAAGAUAAAAAAGAUAAACAAGAAAUAUUAAAUGAAAAAGAAAAUAAUAAUUUUAAUAACAACAACAACAACAACAACAACAACAAUAAUGAAAUAUUUACCGAUAAUAGUGAUAAUAAUAACAUAUUAGAAGAUUUGGAACAGAAUACGAAUAAUAUAAAACCUGUUCAAGUUCCUGUCAGUAAAGAUGUGGCGAUUGUAUUAAGUGGUCGACUCGAAGAUUCAGAAUUACUCAAUAAAGCGAAUUUGCAAUUAGUCAAUUUAGUAUUAACUCCAACACCAAGACAAUUAGAAAAUAAUUCUAACACAAAUUUACCUGUAGGCUUGAAUAGUCUUAUACAGAAUAUAGGAAAUUCGAAUUUUACUUCAAAUUCUUUCAAAAUUCCACCAAUGAUCGUAGAAAACAGAUUGCUCACGCCAAGCAAGUACAGGAUUACAAAUGGUCGAGAUUUUGGUACACAAACAGAUGUAGAGAACGAUCUUCAAGAUUUUCUGGAAAAAAUGCAGAACUGCACCAUUAAGGAUACUUCUGUAAAGGACCAUAAGGAUGCAACAAAUGCUAGUAAAAGGGAUAUUGAAAAGUCCACUAACAUUGGUUUACCAGAAGAUAUUAUCGUGAAAACUUUCCCUCGAUCAAAAUCUAUGCCCAGAAGAACUAUUGAAUCUAGACCACAAUGGAAUGCUAAUAGACCAGGAACUCGUUAUCGCACGCAGAGUGAAAAAGAUCCUCAUUAUCAACGUCGAUUGCGAAUGAGAAGACGUCAAAUCGAAUCUAGCGAUGAACGCUCUAGGUAUUUAAUUCUGAUUAAUUUUCUAUUAAUUUUUUUACAUCAAGAAUUGUAUAAUGAACAACUCUUCCAUAGAUCACCAUCUCCUGACAGAAGGAAAUUUAUAAAUACUAAAUCGAAAAUUCGAACAUUAAAUAAAUCAAAAGUAAAAAUGGUUACCUAUGAUGCAGACCUUUCGAUGGACAAUUUGAAUUCUACUAUUAUACCAUUGCGAACCGAUAAGAAUGGAAGAAUCAUUAUUGAAGAAAAUAAAUGUGAUUAUAAUGAUAAAAUUCGAUUAAAUACUCAUAUUAAUAAUGUUGAAAAUAUUAAAGAAUCACAAAAUGAAAAUUCUAAUAUCUGGUGCGGACAAGAAAUUUUAUCUAAAUUAUCUACCUUGAAAAAUGGCCUUUUAAUGAAGCAAAUGGAAUGGAAUUCCGAGAGAUGUCUAGUCUCUCCCGUUGCAUCAGAAAUUUAUUAACAAGAAUCAAAUGCCGCGUUUUUGUGCACAUUUUUGUUAUUUUUAUUUUAUUUUUGUAGAAAAUGAGAUUGUACAAAUUACAUAAAAUAAGGAAAGAAUAAUAAUUCAUGUUUUGGAAAAUGAAAAUAAAAAUCUGAAUAUUAUUCUUGGAUUGCAGAUAUAAAUAAUGGCCUUCCAAUUGGACGAUCUUCUAAAGGAAGAUAAGAAGGAUGCAAAUUUAUUACCUGAUCUAAGUAAAGCAAUUUGUAAUUCUCAAGAAGAGUUCCGACGACUUCUGGAGAAUUGUCCUGAAUUUAAAAUUAAACCAGAAAAGGU